UCACUUCAUCUUGAUUGUGAUUUGUGAGUUUGUGACAGUAGCAGUAGCCGCGUGUUGCACCGGUAUAAUUGUUAUUUGAGAAAUCUUCACACAACGUAAAAUGUCGAUCCACAUCAAGGACUCUGAGGACCUGAAGACCAGGCUGGCGGAGGCUGGCGAAAAGCUGGUGGUAAUCGACUUCAUGGCCACCUGGUGCGGACCCUGUAAGAUGAUUGGGCCCAAGCUAGAUGAGAUGGCCACGGAGAUGGCUGACUCUAUUGUUGUUCUGAAGGUGGACGUCGACGAAUGCGAGGACAUUGCGACUGAGUACAACAUCAAUUCAAUGCCUACCUUUGUUUUUGUAAAGUCCUCUAAGAAACUCGAAGAGUUCUCCGGGGCUAAUGUCGACAAACUCAAGAACACAAUUCUCAAGCACAAGUAAACCGUCACCCGAGGGCUGUACGCUGCUGCCCUGUCCACCCCGGAUACCGCAGCCGGAUUUAAUAUAUACGAUACUUAAUAUAUGAAAAAAUAACUAGCA